CAGAGAUUACCGCGUAAAAGAUUUGGAACCAAAGCUAUACAAAGAAAGUUAUGUAUCCAUAUGAGAUAGAUUAGCAACACUUACUGGAAAUUGCAUGCUAGAUAAGCAAUUUGUUAUUGAAAGAGUAAUUAAAGUUUGCUAUUUAUUAAUAAAAAAAUGUGAAGUACAUUAUGUACAAAGAAUGGUACAUAUUCCUAUAUUAUUGAGUAUAUAUUCUCAAUUCAUCCAUGAUAAUUUGAUAAAAGUCUUGCCUAUAUGCUCAAACAAAUGCGCCUUUGAUGAUAAUUUUUUAAAAAUUUUCCUGGAGACUGAAAGCAAAUAAAGUUUUAUAAAGAUUUAUUUAUAGAACACACCACCUGUUUCUGUAAACUAUACAGUAGCAACUGUAUAUAGAGCUAGUAUGUUCUUUUACAAUCACAUCAAUGCAGAAUCUUUUCUUUCUUCUGGAGCUUAAUAUAACGCUUGACAAUCACCACAAGGGAGGUUCCCUGUCUUUAUCAGCAGUCAGCAGCAUCACUUACACCAUGCUUUCACCUUCAUCAAUCCAAAUGAGAUCAGUUUCUAGCAUCCAAUGGCAUGCUUCACCUUGUCCAGGAACUCCUGUUUCAACUUCAACUAAGGUGAUACGAUACAGGAGAUUAGUUCCUGAGCCCCUUCCGCUUUCGGUUGUCAAAACAGAUAAAAGGUUUUUGCCUAAAAGAGCUUUGGAAAAUCCAAGCAUCUCCUCUAAUGACUUGGGGCAGCUCUUGGUCUCUUCCUUUAUUGCUGGUGCAUUGCAAUAAAAAAUGGUACUUAAAACUGCAUCUCUUGUUGUAGGAGACCCAAAACACUCCGGAAAGAUUCUUUCAAUGUCAUUGGAGCUCAUCAUAAACUUUUUUGCUAUUGGAAAAGGAAGGAAUGAACGAUGUGGGAAUCUGUGAUUUAGAACUUUUGGUAUAUGGACUUUAUUCCCUAUUUUAAGCACUGAAAGUCGAAAGAAAACAUGAGGAUCGUCUAAUCCUUGGCUAGGAGAUAACUUGGUAACAUUUUCUCUGUAGCUACUUUGUUCAGAUUUUUGAGAUGCAUUUGCAAAGUAUGGUCCAUACGGAAUAUACUUGAUCAGUUUUGAUGUUUGAGAAGUAUUUUCUAGUCCAUAAGGUGUAUACAUAAUCAGCUUAGAUCCUCGAGAUGCAUUUGCAGCAUAUGGUCCAUAUGGUAUAUAAUCAAUCAGUUUGGAUCCUUGAGAUGGAUUUGUGAUGUGCCGGUUUUGAUCCUGAUUGGAAUAAGAACAAGCUAAUUGAGCAGUGGAGCAAAAUUUGGCAUCUGCUACAAAAGUUGGCUUGGACAAUAAUGAAUUGAAGUAACUAAAGUCUCGCUUAGACAUGGGAGAUAGUUUUGAGAGAAGAACUUCAGGCAUUGGGUUGUGCACGUAUUUGGACCAAAGGCUAAGCUGAUUAUGAGCAACAGAAGAUGGAGGAUAUGAAACAGGUGACAAAGAGGAAGCACUUAUGCCAUUGCUGUACAGAAAGUAAGCAAGAGUUAGAGAAACCGAUAAUAAAGUUGGGAUGGCCAUCCUAAUGAUUGAGGAUAAAAAUUUAUGGACUUAUAGGCUGCAUCAACAAGGGUAUGAUAUUUAUACCUGCAUUUUUUUCAUUAUGGUGUUGCUCAUUGAUCAUUCAAAGUGGUCUUUGCCCCUUGGAUAAGCUGUUGAGAAGACCACGACAACUGAACUAAGACAAUCUUUUCCUUUGUUGAACAAGAAAAGAAUUUCACACUUCGAUAAACCUAGGGUGGAUGGGGAUGUUAAAAUUUGAUUAGUGACCUGCAUAAUCAAGGUAAGGGGAAUUUCUCGGGGGUUGAAAGUAUCUUCGGGCAUUUUAAUGAUAAUUGUCGUGAUUAACAGAGUUCAUGUGAAAGUAAAUUGUUUACAUCAGCAUACUGUGCUGGAAAGAGUCUUCUUAGUGGUAUGUACAAAAGUAUUGUGAACAUUUUACCACCAUGUUUGUGGAUUUGUGUAUAUGGAUCCUGUGUUUCCACCUCUA